AUGUCGCAGCAUCAGCACCCACACAGCUCAAUUUCAAAGCAGCCACCUCCAUCUCCCCAACGUUUUCAGAAGCAAAAGUUGGAUUCGCAAUUCAAGAAAUUUCUAGAUAUGUUGAAGCAGUUGCAUAUCAACAUCCCACUUGUAGAGGCACUUGAGCAAAUUCCUAACUAUGUGAAAUUCAUGAAAGAUGUUCUUACAAGGAAGAGAAGGUUAGGAGAAUUUGAGACAGUGGCUUUUACCAAGGAAUGUAGCUCAUUCUUGCAAAUCAAGCUGCCAUCGAAGAUGAAAGAUCUUGGGAGUUUCACCAUUCCAUGCACCAUUGGUAAUUCUUAUUGUGGCAUGGCAUUAUGUGACUUGGGUGCUAGUAUAAAUUUGAUGCCUAUGUCUAUGUAUAGACAAUUGGGGAUUAGUGAAGUCCGACCUACCACAGUGAAUCUACAGCUUGCAGAUAGAUCUCUUGCUUACCCAGAUGGAAAGAUUGAGGAUGUCUUGGUAAAAGUUGAUAAGUUCAUUUUUCCAGCUGAUUUCAUUGUGUUGGACUAUGAGGCAAACAGGGAGAUACCAAUCAUUCUAGGGAGGCCUUCUCUAGCUACUGGUAGAACUUUUAUUAACGUGCAAAAGGGUGAACUUACUAUGAGGGUUCAAGAUGAACAAGUGACUUUCAAUGUUUUCAAGGCUAUGAGAUUUCCAGAUGAGGUUGAAGAAUGUUUUGUUGUUUCAGUGGUAGAUUCUUUGGCAUCGAGGGAGUUUGACACUAGUAAUGUUGGCGAUCCAUUAGAGAGGUUAUUGCUGUUUGAUUCACACAAUGAGGACGAUGAGGAGAAGUACUUAGCUUGGUUGGAGGCUAAUAUCUUGCUUGAAGAUAGUGAAAAAGGUUAUGUUGAGGGGCAAAGAAGACUAAAUUCUAUCAUGAAGGAAGUAGUACAGAAAGAAAUCAUCAAGUGGUUGGAUGCUGGAAUUAUUUAUCCUAUCUCUGACAGUUCAUGGGUGAGUCCUGUACAGUGUAUACCUAAGAAGGGUGGAAUCACAGUGAUGAAGAAUGAAGACAAUGAGUUAAUUCCUACUAGAACUAUAGUAGUGGCCCCAGAAGAUCAGCACAAGACUACAUUCACUUUCCCCUAUGGUACAUUCGCAUUCAGAAUAAUUCCCUUCGGUUUAUGCAAUGCUUCUGCUAUGUUUCAGCGAUGUAUGAUGGCUAUCUUUACUGACAUGGUUGAGCAGUUUCUAGAGGUGUUCUUGGAUGAUUUUUCAGUCUUCGGGGAUUCUUAUGAUGCUUGUCUAAUUAUUUUGUCUAAGGUAUCUAAGCAAGGGAUUGAAGUUGAUAAGGCGAAAAUUGAAGAUAUUGAGAAGCUACCACCUCCUAACUCAGUGAAGAACAUUAGGAGCUUUCUUGGGAAUGUUGGUUUCUAUAGAAGUCGCACCUUAACAGAAGCUCAAUUGAAUUACACUGUAACUGAGAAGGAGAUACUAGCCAUUGUCUUUGCUUUCGACAAGUUUUGCACCUAUCUUGUGGGAACUAAAGUGAUUGUCUACACCGAUCACUCAGCCAUAAAGUAUUUAAUUUCUAGGAAGGAUGCAAAGCCAAGAUUGAUUCGGUGGGUGCUUUUGCUUCAAGAGUUUGAUGUUGAGAUUCAAGAUAGGAAGGGGGUAGAAAAUCAAGUGGCUGACCAUUUAUCAAGAAUGGAGCGUGAAGAAGAUUCCAACUCUCUUGUCCCCAUCAAAGAAACAUUCCCCGAUGAAUAA